AUGGCCGGCGACGGUGGCGGUCGACAACUGGCGGUGACCAGUGACGGCGGCGGCGGCGGCGGCCGCGCGACCGACGGCGACGGGGCCGGCGACGACGGCCGACGAGAUCUAUUUGACUGUGUUGAUAUGUACAAGCAACCAGCAUUUGACCACCCUUUGUUGAAAAAUCAUACUCUCCAGUUAAAGCCAAGUAGUCUUCCAAAGGGAAUGAAGCUUGGAAAAUCUAAACCAGCUUCUUUUUAUGGGUUCAAUGAUACUUGUCCUUCUGGCACUAUUCUCGUCCACCGUGCUCGAAAACAAGAUUUAACUAAGUCUCAACUUUUUAGAAAUCAAUUUAAAGCACAAGCUAACGACCCAACUGCGAAUCGAAAUCACUUUGCAAUAAUUCAAAAUGCAUAUGGCCCAUUUUAUGGAGCGUACGCAAAAAUGGCGACUUAUAAGCUUCCAGAUCUAAAAGCUGAUCAAACAUCAUCCAGCACUAUAUAUCUUUUUGGUGAUACACAUGUUCCAAACAAUGAAUUCAAUGUGAUCGAGGCCGGUUGGCAGGUUUCAACAGCCUUGUAUGAUUCCAGUUAUCCUCGUUUUUUUACUUUUUGGACCAGUGAUGGACAUGAGAAAACGGGAUGUCCAAAUUUGGACUGCCCUGGUUUUGUCAGCACCACUAAUAUUUAUGGACCUGGAAGUUUUAUUCCUGAAUUUUCCACUUACGGUGAUGAACAGAAAUUUUUAUCCAUACUAAUCGCUAGGUUUCCUAAGGAAUUGCUUCCUAAGAUGCAGGAUCACGCAUCCGUUAUUCAAAUGGGUGGACAUGUUAACUCUCCCUUGAAUGUGCCGAGCCCUCCGAUGGGCAGUGGUCAUUCAAGUAAUGAAGGACGUAAUAAAGCUGCUUAUUUCAUUCAAGUUACGGCAGUGGGUCUCUCGAAUGAGUUGGUCAAAUUGGAUGCUGAUCUUAUUGAGACUACGUGUGAUAUUAGUGAUUAUUAUUGCGUAUCUGAUGGUCAUGAUACAUAUGGUGAGGAUGUAUAUGUUUUUGCUUAUGGAGGAGUGGGAGGUUUCAAAAGGUGA